GUUCUGUAAUUUGGGAGGACAAUGUUGACUUUCUCCCCCUUUAUUGGUCGACAAACCUGAAACGCAAGUUAGUAAACUACAAAAAGCAAAGAGGCAGGUCCGCCAGUCUGCUUUCGGAGUAUAUGGCAGAGCACGAGUUCCUCGAGCGCGUCGGACUACCGGCGCGUGUCCCCGCAGCACGAGGAGCAGCAUCGCAAAGCGGCGAGCAGCCAAUGCGCCCCGCGGCAGCAGCGGCGGACGGCGGACGCGACGGCGCACCGGCGCCCUCUCCCUUGCACUCCGCCGCGGUUCGCCUGUCUGCCUGUUGUCAUGGAGGAGCCAAGAUGGCGGUCCUGGCCUACAGCCUAGGCAAACGGGAAAUAAACCACUAUUUCAGCAUCAGGAAUGCGAAGCUGCUGUCGUUCGCCGCCGUCGUGCUGCUGGUCGGCUUCCACUCACUGUCGCGAUAUUAUGGCGGUGAGGACAGCUGUGACUGGCUACAGUCCAGCGGCCGGUUCUUGGGGGACAACGUUUGGCAGCCCUAUGGCUGCAUGAUGCAUAAAUAUAGAAGCAGUGAAGCAAAAACCUGUUUGGGGAAGAAGAAAGUGGCAUUUGUGGGGGACUCUAGAAUUAGGCAGUUUUUUUAUUCUCUGGUCAAAAUAAUCAACCCUGAGGUGAAAGAAGAAGGCAGUAAGCAUCAGAAUAUCGUUUUUGAUGAUGGUUCAUCAGUCAACGUGGACUUCCUAUGGUAUCCGGAGGUCAACAACUCCCUGAAAGAGCUGUUAAUGUCAUGGACUGAGGGUAGCUUGGCAAAGCCAGAUGUCAUCGUCAUGGGCGCCGCUACUUGGUCCAUCAAGCUGAACGGCGGCAGCAUGGAAGCUCUCAAUCAGUACAGGAGCAACCUUUCGGCCAUGGCCAACCUUCUGCAGAAACUGGCCCAGGGAAGCGAUGUCUACUGGGUCCUGCAGGAACCAGUAUAUGAGGAGAAGCUGAGUGACAAUCGGAAGAUGAUCACCAAUGAGCAGAUCGUCCUCUACAACGAGGCCGCAGUGAGUUCCCUCAAUGGCAGCAAGAAGAACUUCAGGGUGAAGAUACUCGGUGCAGCCCGACAGGCUGCGACGGAGACCAUCUCCGAGUCAGAGGACGGUCUUCAUGUGCCUCAGAGUGCCAGGAAUGUGGGGGCCAUGGUUUUGAUGAACUCCGUGUGCAACAGGGUCCUAAAGCCUAUUGACGGCUCCUGCUGCUAUCCGCUGCCCCCACCGAACCUCCUGCAGCUGCUGACUGGCUGUUUCUUCCUGGGCGCCGCCAUCUGCUUCCUGGUGCUGCAUGUGCUCGGCCACAACCGGCACCACAAGAGCAAGCUGGCCGCCGACGUGGAGAGCGGAGAGGAGAGGAAACCGGCGCUGGCCGGCCCGGGGGGCAACCUGGGGACACCGCUCCUGGCCGUCUGCAAGAUGGGCCUCAUCAUGGCCUACUUCUACCUGUGCGACCGGGCCGACCUCUUCAUGAAGGAGCAGAAGUUCUACUCGCAUUCGGCCUUCUUUAUACCUCUCAUUUAUAUUUUUGUCCUGGGAAUAUUCUACAGUGAAAACUGUAAAGAGACUAAAGUACUUAACCGGGAGCAAACCGAUGAGUGGAAAGGGUGGAUGCAGCUGGUCAUCCUGAUUUACCACAUAUCGGGGGCUAGUGCUUUCAUACCGGUCUAUAUGCAUGUUCGGGUCCUGGUAGCAGCGUAUCUCUUUCAAACAGGCUAUGGGCAUUUUUCCUUCUUCUGGCUGAAGGGCGAUUUUGGGCUGUAUAGAGUUUGCCAGGUCCUUUUCCGUUUGAACUUCUUAGUGGUCAUACUCUGUCUAGUAAUGGACCGUCCCUACCAGUUCUACUACUUUGUGCCCUUGGUGACUUUCUGGUUUGCGGUCAUCUACGGCACGUUGGCCAUGUGGCCCCAGAUUCUCCAGAAGAAAGCCAGCGGGAGUGGAAUCUGGCACCUGGGGAUUCUGGUCAAACUGCUUUGCUUGCUGUUGGGAAUAUGCUGCUUUGCAUAUUCCAGGGGCCUGUUUGAGAGCGUAUUCUCCAUGUGGCCGGUGUCGACGCUCUUCGAGCUGCAGGGCAGCAUACACGAGUGGUGGUUCCGCUGGAGUUUGGACAGAUUCGCCAUCAUCUACGGCAUGGUAUUCGCCUUCGUUUACCUGGUCCUUCAGAAGUGCCAGGUUCUGUCAGAAGGCAAAGGAGAGGCUCUCUUCUCCAACAAGAUCUCAAACUGCCUGCUGUUUGUGUCCGUGGUGGCAUUUCUGACUUACUCCAUAUGGGCAAGCAGCUGUAAAAAUAAGAGUGAAUGCAAUGAGUUGCAUCCUUACAUUUCAGCAGUGCAGAUACUGGCUUUUGUUCUAAUCAGGAAUAUUCCUGGUUACGUUCGCUCAUUAUAUAGUUCAUUCUUCUCGUGGUUUGGCAGGAUAUCCUUAGAGCUGUUCAUCUGCCAGUACCACAUCUGGCUGGCCGCGGACACCAAGGGCAUCCUGGUGCUCAUCCCUGGCAGCCCCAUGCUCAACGUCAUCAUCAGCACCUUCAUUUUCGUGUGCGUGGCCCACGAGAUCUCGCAGAUCACCAACGAGCUGGCGCAGCUGGCCAUCCCCAAGGAGAGCGGCACCCUGCUCCGGAGGCUCCUGGGCGUGGCCGCCUUCCUGCUGGCCGUACUCUUGUUGUCCACGAAGCGGAGUCCGCACUGAAGGCAAGAGGAGCGGUCCAGGUCGGACAGGAUGGGGAGGGGGGACGCUGAGAGCGGCCGUGUCCCUGCGGUACCAGAUUGAUAGUACCUUCUUGUGGUGGCAGGAACCGGCCCCCGUGCUCCAUGACAUUUUCACAGACAGGAAGCCGAACAUUGAAGGAGAAACUUUAGCACUGACAGUUUACCGCUGGGGCUGAACCCCCUCCCCUCAUUUAUCGUCGGAAUUGUCCUUCGGCAGAAUGCAGAUGACGAUGCCCGCACAAAGGCCGCGCAACUGAGCCAGCUUAUCUGUGUGCCAGCGCCGGUGCCCCCGCGGAGGAGCGCCACGGCUCCCAACAGACCCCGCACAUCCAAAGCAGCAAUACCUCUGCCCCCGUACCGAUUUCACGCAGCGACUGUGUCAAACGUGCUCGGCCACGUUGUUUCUCCCUGUGGCAAUUGGAGCAAUGCCGAAUUUCUGAAGCAACAUGUUGGGUGCACUGUAUUUAAUUAUUUAGAUCAUUGUAUUUUAUACAGGGUUCCCCCCCAUGUUUAAAUGUAUGCCCAAGACUGCUUUUGUGAAUGUAUAGGCUUAGCAAACUUCCUUUUUUAAGUGCAAUCUUGUCGGACCACACAUGAAAUGCACUUUGAUUUAAGGUAUUUUAAAGUUCCUUACUGGUUUGUUCUGACACUGUGUAAAGGGUACUACUACUGCUUUUGUGUGCGUGUGUGAGUGCAUCUUCUCUGGAGCCUUCCUCCCUGCCCCUGAAUAAGGCUCCAGUUUAAUCAGUACUUGGGCUGUAGUGCUUUUCCGACCCUUCGAUGCCUUUUAAUUUCUGGUAUCCUGACUGCUGUGUCAGAGGAACACCCCAAACCAGGAAGGCACCUUCGGUUUGGUAUUUCACUUAGGAAUACCGUGUGUUAACUCAGUACUUUUAGGUGCACCUCAUUUAUACAGUCGUAUACCAUUUGCAUUUUCUAUGCUUCUUACAUUUUGCUGCCUUAUUUCGUACCUGUGUCACGACCUUUUCCCAAUCCGUUUGACGCUUUUCAAUCUCUCGUAGCUUUCAGAUCUCCCCGUUUCCAUAGCUACCUUUUUGUGAAAUAACUCUGAGUACAUGAAGACGAGUUGCGUGAACGUCAUGUCAGCGUUAUGUGAAUGUCGUGAAGUUACCUCAUCGGGCUGUAAGAAAUGUCGCUCCAUUUCCCUAUAGUGCUUUUACUCAUCCUUAAGCUACGACAUUUUGUAAAGUAGACGCAAUGAGAGCAGAUGAAUUUCAUUACCUGUAAAUAGGUAUACUUACUGAUGUGCCAUAUGUUAGUCGCGGCACAGGUUUCAUUUUUUUAAUGUGGUGUCGAUGAUAAUGUGGGGAAGGAGUUUACAUGGAGAGAACGCGGAUGAAGGAAGCUUAACUCCCCAGCCCGUGACUGCCUGGGUGCGGCAGAAUGGAAGUCACGUCAGUCCCUUAAUACAGUGUUUCCCGGUCUAGUCCUUGGGGACCCCUGGGCGGGAGCAGA